ACACUUGAUCCAUCGGCAAACGUUUCCUUGGUACGGUCGUCUCGCGAAAGAUCGGUGGUCGCGCUUUAAUUCCGUGGGCUGCGACGACGGUUGCCCGUCCGCCCCGCCGAAACGCAACUCGACGGUCGAAAGGCUAACUGGAUUCAUUCGCGUCCGACCGCGCAAGGGUGAAAAUUAACGAGGGCUCAGCGCGGCUGAAAAACGACGAUAUCAAUUAAUCCAACGAGGACGGACCACCGCCGCCCUUUCGCUCAUCGGAAUCCAAUAUUUAUAGGCCGCACGCGCGCGCGCUCGGCUCGGAAAUCCGCGAUCCCACCAGCGCGCGUUCGCGCAGCCCGGCUGAGAGACGACGGCAAGCGGAAAUACGUCGAGUAACUGCCUCGUCGAGCGUUCAAGUGGAGCGCGCGGGCGAGAUGAACUGAUCGGCGACUGGAAUUGGCGUGAGAAUUCGUUCUCUCCGAUUGCCGCCGCCGACGGUGCGCGACCGAUUAGCCGUCACAGCGUUGCCGGAGGACGCGGGCCGAGACAGCGGCUCUCGGUGGUCGGUGUCGGCCGGUGCGUCGGGCGCUUCUCCCUCGCUCUCGACCGGGAUCCGGAAUCCGAUAACCGAGCGUCUGCACAAACGCGUCCACAAAGCGACGACGUCCGCUCGCCGCAUUGGAAUUGCGCUCGCGUUCAGCGAGUGCGAGCGAUUGAAUGAAAAAAGCCCGAUACCGGCCGAGGCCGAGGAAUGAAAUAAAUCCGCGGGAGCGCACAGCCGAAAUCGAUGGGCUUGCCAAAGCCCCGUCGAUCGACUGUCUAUACGGGUCUGGAGGGACAAGGGUGGCGCCGCGCUACACGGCAGAAACGAUAUUCGAUAUCGGGCGGCACCUAGUAGUCGAGCUCGGUCAGUAGUCGGACGUGACGACGCAAGGAGAACUCACGUUCGCGUACAAGCGCGCGUGCGUUUGUGUGCGCGCAGGUGGGCGAAAGCUGCGACGGCGGCCAGCGCCGUUAGGAUGACGGCGGCGGGAGCGCAGCCCGGCGGAUCGACGGGGCGUCCCCCUCGUCGCGGGAGCCUCGAGGACGACGAACAGCGACAGCGAACGGAGCGCAGCCGAUAAGCGACGACGAGAAUGAGGAGCGGAUGGUCGGCACUCGCGUGGCUGCUGCUGGGGAGCAGUCUGGCGCUGGGGCCGAGGGCGGACGACGCGGGCUUCGGCCACGGCGGCAGCAGCGGUAGCGGCCACCCGGGCGCAGCGCAGCGGACCAGCAGCACCAUCAAGAUCGGCAAGUACGACCGCAGCAGCGGCCUCGGCGGCCUCGGCGGCCUCGGCGGCACGGGUCAGCGCGGCAGCUCCAUGAUCAAGAUCGGCGAGGGCAGCAAGCUGCUGAACAUCAGCCGCGUGGUCAGACCCUUGCUCACCACCUCCAUGACCAGUACCACCAUCCCGCUGUCCUACGCCUCCGUGUCGCCGGAGAGCCAGGGAAGCGCCGAGUUCAGCAACGGCACCAAGAUGCUCAAAGUGGGUCUGGCCGUGCCGUACAAGUCGUUCGGCUACCGCGAGUACACGAAGGCGGUGAGCCGAGUGGUGACGGCGCUGCAGAAGAGCACCAAGCGGCCGAACCUCGGGCUCUUCCAACACUACGACAUCUUCGUGAAGGUGGCAAUGCAGGAGCUGACGCCCAGCCCGAUGAACAUACUCAACUCGCUGUGCAAGGAGUUCCUGUCGCUCAACGUCUCGGCGAUCCUGUACCUGAUGAACUACGAGCAGUACGGGCGCAGCACCGCCAGCACCCAGUACUUCCUGCAGCUGGCCGGCUACCUGGGCAUACCCGUGAUCGCCUGGAACGCCGACAAUUCCGGCCUCGAGCGAAGUAGCCUGCAUCUGCAACUGGCGCCGUCGAUCGAGCACCAGGCGGCGGCGAUGCUGAGCAUCCUGGAGCGCUACAAGUGGCACCAGUUCAGCGUGGUCACCUCGCAGAUCGCCGGCCACGACGACUUCGUGCAGGCGGUGCGCGAGCGCAUCUCCGACAUGCAGGAGCGCUUCAAGUUCACCAUGCUGAACGCCGUGACCGUGACCAAGUCGCAGGACCUCAAGGACCUGGUCAGCGUCGAGUCGCGCGUCAUGCUGCUCUACUCGUCCAAGGAGGAGGCCAACAACAUCUUCCGCCACGCCGCCGAGUUCAAGAUCACCGGCGAGAACUACGUCUGGGUGGUGACCCAGAGCGUCAUACAGAACAUACAGCCCGGACACCACUUCCCCGUCGGCAUGAUCGGGGUGCACUUCGACACGAGCAGCACGAGCAUCGUGAACGAGAUAGCGACGGCGAUCAAGGUCUACGCCUACGGGGUGGAGGACUUCGUUAACGACCCGAGGAACUACGGCUACAGCCUGAACACCCAGCUGAGCUGCGAGGACCUGAGCAGCGAGUCGCGCUGGAGCACCGGCGAGUACUUCUUCAAAUAUCUCAAGAACGUGUCCGUCGAGGCGGAGUACGGCAAGCCGUCCGUGGAGUUCACCCAGGACGGCGUGCUCAAGUCCGCCGAGCUGAAGAUCAUGAAUUUACGGCCGGGGCCGAGCAUGCAAUUGGUCUGGGAAGAGAUCGGCGCGUGGAAGUCGUGGGAGAAGGACGGCCUGGACAUCAAGGACAUCGUGUGGCCGGGGAACACGCACACGCCGCCGCCGGGGGUGCCGGAGAAGUUCCACGUGAAGAUCGCCUUUCUGGAGGAGCCGCCCUACAUCAAUCUCGCGCCACCCGAUCCCGUGACGGGCAAGUGCCUGGUCGAGCGGGGCGUCCACUGUCGCGUCGCCAAGGACCCCGACGAGGCGGACGCCCAAGCGGCCGCGCGCAACGGCACGGCCUUCCAGUGCUGCAGCGGCUUCUGCAUAGACCUGCUGCAGAAGUUCUCCGAGGAGAUGGGCUUCACGUACGAGCUGGUGCGCGUGGAGGACGGCAAGUGGGGCACCAUCGAGAACGGCAAGUGGAACGGACUGAUGGCCGAGCUGGUGAACCGGAAGACGGACAUGGUGAUGACCUCCCUGAAGAUCAACUCGGAGCGAGAGGCGGUCGUGGACUUCUCGGUGCCGUUCAUGGAGACGGGCUCGGCGAUCGUAGUGGCCAAGCGCACCGGCAUCAUCUCGCCCACCGCUUUCCUAGAGCCGUUCGACACUGCUUCCUGGAUGCUCGUUGGCUUUGUGGCAAUACACUCGGCAACAUUCAUGAUUUUCCUCUUCGAGUGGCUCUCGCCAUCUAGCUUCGGCAUGCCCGAUUAUUCCGCGGGCACGAAACCAAAGCCGCAGCGGCGCCAGCAGCACCGGCAGCACCAGCGGCAGCACCAGCGGCAUCGCUACCGGCACGAGCGUGAGCCGCUGCAGCAGCCGGCCAAGCCGCCGAGGCAGCAGCACCGCUUCUCGCUGUGCCGCGUCUACUGGCUGGUCUGGGCGGUGCUCUUCCAGGCGGCCGUGCACGUGGACUCGCCGCGAGGAUUCACGGCCAGGUUCAUGACCAACGUGUGGGCGAUGUUCGCCGUGGUGUUCCUGGCCAUCUACACGGCCAAUCUGGCGGCCUUCAUGAUCACCCGCGAGGAGUUCUUCGACUUUAGCGGCGUGGACGACCAGCGGCUCGCGCGGCCCACGUCCCACAAGCCGCCCAUCAAGUUCGGCACCGUGCCCUUCACCCACACCGACAGCGUGCUCGCCAAGUACUUCAAGGAGAUGUACGCCUACAUGCGCACCCACAGCAAGGGCAGCGUGUCCGAGGGCGUCGAGGCCGUGGUCAACGGGGACCUGGACGCCUUCAUCUACGACGGCACGGUGAUCGACUACCUGGUGUCGCAGGACCAGGACUGCCGGCUGCUCACCGUCGGCUCCUGGUACGCGAUGACGGGCUACGGCCUGGCCUUCCCGCGCAACUCGCGCUUCCUCAAGAUGUUCAACCAGAAGCUGCUCGAGUACCGGGACAACGGCGACCUGGAGAGGCUGCGGCGCUUCUGGAUGACCGGCACCUGCAGGCCCGACAAGGAGGUGCAGAAGAGCAGCGACCCGCUCGCGCUCGAGCAGUUCCUCAGCGCCUUCCUCAUGCUCAUGGUCGGCACCCUCAUCGCCGCCUUCCUGCUGCUGCUCGAGCACCUCUACUCCACGUACGUGCGGCGGCGCCUCGCCAAAGACGCCCGGGCGGGCCGGUGCUGCGGUCUGCUGAGCAGCGUGAGUACGCGCUCGUCGCCAGCGCCGCCGUCGCUCCACGCGCGCCUGUCGUGUGCUUGCAGCGCGAGCCGACCAGCCCCCCCGAGACGCGGCGACAGCUCUGAGCCCUCCCGGCGCCGGCUCUUCCUGGAGGCGGCGGCCCGACGUCUUGGCCACGCGGGGACGCCGAGGAGAGAAGGACGCUUAGGACGAGCGCAACCGUGGUUGUCGCGCAUGUGUACCGCUGCGUUCCUCCGUUGUUCGACGUGUUACAAAUGAAGGCGCGCUGUCGCCGAGUCGCCUCAAUCCACGUCGUAGACCACUCCCAA